UGCCAACCGCCAUAAACGGCAAAGAAGAAGAAGAAGAAGAGAGGCUUCCAGAAGCGAGAGUUCACUCGUGGCGGACACAUUCUGUCAGAACCCACGGCUUCGUUCAUUUUCAGCAGAAUAUCUUUUAUAACUCAAUAUGGCGAAGUGGGGAGAAGGAGACCCUCGCUGGAUCGUGGAGGAGAGAGCGGAUGCUACAAACGUCAACAACUGGCACUGGACCGAGAGGGACGCCACAAACUGGUCAUCAGAGAAGCUGAAGGAGCUGCUCAUGGGGUUGUGGGUGGAGGGUGAAGAAGGCAAGUGUGAGAUCACAGAGGUCAGCCAGGUGGAGGGAGAAGCAUCCAUCAAUAACCGCAAAGGGAAGCUUAUAUUCUUCUAUGAGUGGAAUCUUAAGGCCGCCUGGAGAGGGACAUCAAAAUCAGGCAUCAUAUACAAGGGGAAUAUUGAAGUUCCAAACCUUUCGGAUGAAAAUGACAUGGACGACCUUGAUGUAAGUUGCACAACUAAUUUAUAUAUUUUUACAUGCUGUGGCAUCACCAGACUAAAGGCUUUACAGAAGACUACUACUGUGCUGUGUACAUUGUCAAUUUAUUUAAACACUAUAGUAUUGGAGAACCUAAAGCAGUGGUUCUCAAACAGGGGGCCGGGGCCCACCUGGAGCCUGCUGGGAAGUGUAGUUUUUGCCUGUUUUCCUCUGUUCCUCCCUGUCCUCUCGCAGAAGCUUAAUUGA